AUGUUUAAUGAGGCUGAAAGCCAACAUUCAUCCCCCGAUUUCAUGCAUGACAAUGGUGAUGGGUUUUUCCCUAUGGACAAUCUCUCUAUGGCCAUCGAUAGCCUUCCAAUAAACAUCCAGGGCCCCUCGGCUACGGUUCAGAUGCUUUAUUCCAGUGUAAAGGGCAUGUCAUCUGCCAUUAAACGCUUAUCUGCAGAAGUGGUCAGCACAUCUCUGGCGGUCAAAAGCCUUAAUGCAAAGACCAAUCAGAUUGCUGAUACUAUUGGCAACCUGUCUGAGACUGUGGAUGAAAUUGUCAAACGAGAACGGAUAGCAAUGGAGAGGUUUGGCAAAUUCCCAAGCCAAGAGGGCCGACCUAGUCCUAUUGCCUUUCGGCGGCCUUGA